CACGUAGACACACACACGUAGACACACACACACGUAGACACACACACACACACACACACGUAGACACACACACACGCUCCAAAGGGGGUUGGACCCGCUGUGGAGCAGGUCCCAGUGAAGUCUCCCGAGGCGUCACAGAGGAGGUGGUGUCAGGAUGGCGUUCCAUCUCCUGCUCGCCAUGGCGGUCAUCAUGGGUUUGGUGGAUCCCUUGUGUGCAAGCGGGCCAGAGCAGAAGCAAACAGAACCAACACCGGUCCGGAACAUUACGUCUUCCAGCCGGUACCUCACAAGCUCAGGUCCUACAAGACUCGGUCUCACGGGUCCGAAAGGACCCGGUCUCAGGGGUCCGACUGGACCUGGUCUCACCAAUCCGACAAGACCCGGUCUCACUGGUCCAACAAGACCCGGCCUCACGGGUCCGACAAGACCCAGUCUCACCAGUCCGAAAAGUCCGGGUCUCACCAGUCCGACAAGUCCGGGUCUCACCAGUCCGACAAGACCCCCUUCUAUUGAGGACAAACUGAACCAGAUCCACAAGAACCUGGAGAACCAAACCCAGAACUUUGUGUCUGAGGAUAAAGAGAACUUCCAGGUCUAUGAGGACUACCAUCCACCAGGUGUGUGUCGAGAAGAUGAUCUGGUGAAGGAGAGUCACGCCGUGUGUACUUCUACUUUCUACCAGCAGAUGGAGCACCUGAGGCCUGAUGAGCGUUGUGUUCUGGAUCAGGUGAUCGGGGCGUACAACGACUUGACGCUGUGCUUGGAGAUGUUGUCCCACUGGGCCGGAUGUUUCUAUCCCAACAGCAAAGUCCAGGACUUCUUCUUGCUGGUCCACUCCAGCUUCUUCCAGCAGUGUUCCCCGCAGGAGCGCCCCCUGGAGGACGCCCCACAUGGGCUGGCGGUGGCCCUGACCCUGGGCACCGUCAGCAUCAUCCCGGUCCUGGUCUACCUGGUGGGCUGGAGGAGCGGCGUGGACUCCGCACGCUAACUCAACCUUCCUCUUCAGCUCCUACAAAUUAAAAGCUUCCUCAGACGUGAAGGUUUCAUCAUGCUUUUAUUGUUUGCCACAUGAAUAGUGAGGUCACAUGACCCAGGCCAAGUCGAGCUCAUUUAUAGCAAUUGUUAGCAUUCUAAUAUUGACAUCAUUUUCAUUUGAUGAAUGCUACCUGUUAGCAUGCUAACUUUAAUAGGCCAGCUAUUGUUAUAUGCCAUGGUUAUUAAUUAUAUAAUUAACAAGUUAUAUUUUGCUACUUGAUGUAUGCUAACGUUACCAUGCUAGCAUGUUUACCAAAUAUUCCUGCUACACAUCACAGAGUAAUAAAG